AUGUUUAUAUACAACGUCCACGCCCCCAACAAGACUUUCGCCCUCAAGGCAAAGGAGACCGAGGACUGCGACGCUCUUCUUUCCCGCAUUCUCGCAAAGGCCAAGCUGAACGACGACGAUGAGAAUGCCGUCCGAAGCAACCGCGAUGGUGCCGGUGUCGUGUACGAGUUUGACGGAGACCGCUGGGCUUUGGAGGACAACGACGACCUGUCCAUCGUCACCGAGCGCUUCAAGACGGAGGACCGCCAGGGCAAGGCUAUGCCCAGCGUCACUCUCCACAUUGUCCAGCCGAACGCGAACAAGUCCAACAACGGUUACCUUGCUCCGCCUCCCCCGGCCUACGGCUCGUCCAGCCAGCAACAGCAGUACGCGGGCAAGUCUCAGAGGAAGAAGAGCAACUCGAGGCUGAAUGCCAACGGAAGCCAGGCAGGUGGACGGCCGUCGUCGAGGGCGGGAUCGCGAGCUGGUUCUCGCGCCUCUGUGGCCCCGUCGACCCACAGCACUAUUGUGAUCCGAUCCGGCACCGACCCCUUGACUGCGUCCACCUCGCUAUGCAUCCCUAACCGCGACAAGAACCGCGCUCGCAGUGUUAGGUCGAUGCGGAGCACAACCUCUCGCAAGAGCAAGUGGGGUGACGACGACGCUGAGCCCCUGGGUGACGUGAAGCGUCGCCAGUUCGAGGACGUAGGUAUCAUUUGCGGCGUGCGUAUGCUCCUCAAGCAAGGUUACCGUGGUGUUUACGUCUCGCGUUCCUUCGCUGUUCGCCACGGCCUUAUCUCCCGUAAGGAGCGGCCUGGAUUCGGCGGCUACGGUGGACUGGUCAUGCUCGGAAAUGUCCCCAUCACCGUCGGAGAGAAGACGGCUCUUCACCCUGUCAUGCUGUCAGAGGAGCAGCACUUCGAUGUCGUGCUUGGCCGCUCUUGGAUCGAGAAGAUGAACAUCAAGGUCGACCCCCUUGACCCCACCGCCCUCACCUACAUGGACACUGGCGAGACGAUCCCGUGUGACCUCGUCGUGCUCCGGGACGCCAAGGGCAACAUCAUCACCAUCACUUAG